AAAUGAAAUAUAAUUUAAAAUAUCCAAAAUCAACAACGGUUGAGAAAAAGGCUUUUUCAUAAAGUACAGCUGGCUUGAGGAUAUUCUCUUGUACUUUCUGCCCUACUUUCCUUCUGUACAUGCCCUAGCCACCGUAUGUAUAUUUAUCUCUGAGUAAGCAUGACCAGCCCUACUAUCAGGCAGAGAAAACCAACUACGUUAGACAGAGAAUUUUCCUGUCAUGAAGGAGCAAUAGUUGUUGUCUUUUAAACACAGGCGCUAAACGAAGAAGGAAACAAAGUUUGCAUUCCUUGGAAACAAUACACCGUAACGGGGACGGGCUAGGAAGGAUAAGAAGAUUUUUUGCUAAAUCACCUCACGGGGCAAAACGCCUUCGGCUGGACCUACAAGGAACUACCGCGACACGGUCAUGUCCUAUAACUCCCAUCAUCCGAGGCUAUUUUCCACGCUCCCUUGGGCUGAUGGGAAAUGAAGUCCAACGACAUCGAGGGAGGGACAUCACUCACGCUUGACAGGUCGCGUUUGUAAAAGGGUUCACACAGAAAAAUAACUCGCAUGUGCCUUGAUUGAAAUAUUGCGACGGCUUUCAGCGCCUACGAAGGCUCAGGAAAAGACGGGUGGAUUGCGAAAGGGAAUUGGACCCUGCCCGUCGCCGUAGCCGCUCGGUCUUUUUUCCCUUCGGGUCCACGUCGGCCGCGCAUGCGCCGUGGCGUCGCUGCUUACCUGCCGCCUGCUUGAGGUGCAGCCGCAAAGAGGCGAAAGCGGGCGCGCUGGGGGCAGGGCGGCAAAGGAGGUCGACGCAUUCCCUCCCCCCUCAUUUUCCGUCUCUUUCAGGGGGUCCGUCGUGAGGCGAAGUAAAACCCAUCCCUGCCCAGCUGACAGGGCCGCGAAGGACAGAGGCUCCCGUCAGUUCGCGGCCGCUUCGCCUCUCUCGGCCUCCCCGUCCCGUCGUCAUGUUCAAGAAACUGAAGCAGAAGAUCAACGAGGAACAAACCUCGGCGGCCCCGCGAAGCCCCGCCGGCGACGCCGCCCCCUCCUCUCCCAGCCCUGCCCAGGGACCUUCUAGACCUUCACCAUUACCAACUAGAAGCAGAACGUCUUCACUUGUAGAGCAAAAUGAUGAAGGCACUUUAACACCCGACAAAGAGCUACUAGCUGGGAUGAUAUCAGAGCCUGCUUUUCUUUCUGAGUAUACUGUCUUUGCUUUGGAUCCCACCAAGCGACCUAAGCCACAGAGUGGGAGUGUGAAUGUAUCAAAACAAGUGACAUCCAGCAUGAAUAGCAAUGAAAGUGAACCAUCUUCGACACAGACUAGCGAUGCUCCAUCUUUUGCACAGAAGUUGCAACUUCGGGUACCAUCGAUGGAAUCAUUGUUUCGAAGUCCUUUAAAAGAAUCUCUAUUUCGCUCCUCUUCAAAAGAGUCUUUAGUGCGUACGUCUUCAAGAGAUUCACUGAAUAAACUGGACUUUGAUGCCCCUGUCUCGAUACUUGAUCCGCCUUCUGAUAUUGAAAGUGAAGCAGAAGAAUUGCCUGGAAAUGUGGACAGCCUCUCCAAGGAGCAACUGUUGCAACGAUUACGUAGAAUGGAAAGAAGUUUAGGCACCUAUAGGGGAAAAUAUUCGGAGCUAGUUACCGCUUUUCAAGCUGUGCAAAGAGAAAAGAAGAAAUUACAGGGAAUACUGAAUCAGAGUCAAGAUAAAGCACUUCGGAGAAUUGGUGAACUGCGAGAGGAACUCCAGAUGGAUCAGCAGGCCAAAAAACAUCUUCAGGAAGAAUUUGAUGCUUCAUUAGAAGAAAAAGACCAGCUCAUAAGUGUUCUGCAGACUCAGGUGUCACUACUGAAACAACGAUUACAGAAUGGCCAAAUAAGUAUUGAAUUACCUGAUCCAAAUGUACAAACGCAACCACAAGUUCAAAGCCCAACAAAAGAUAUAAAUGCAGAGAAUGUGUUACAGCCAGGGAGUCCUGGUGGUGAUGUGGAAUCUGCUAGAACACUAGAAACUCUUACUCAACGAGUAAAACGGCAAGAGAACUUACUCCAUCGAUGUAAAGAAACUAUUCGUUCUCAUAAAGAGCGCUCAGCACAGCUAGCUAAUGAAAAAGAGGCACUACAAGAACAACUAGAUGAGAGGCUUCAGGAAUUAGAGAAAAUGAAGGAUCUUCAUAUGGCUGAAAAGACCAAACUGAUUACUCAGCUACGUGAUGCCAAGAACUUGAUAGAACAGUUAGAACAAGAUAAAGGCAUGGUAAUAGCAGAAACAAAACGGCAAAUGCAUGAAACACUGGAAAUGAAGGAAGAAGAAAUUGUCCAGUUGCGUGCCCAUAUCAAGCAACUUGCUAUGCAAAGUGAAGAAUUAAAAGAACAGAAAGAAAAGUCUGAAAAAGCUGCAUUUGAAGAGCUUGAGAAGGCUCUCAGCACAGCCCAGAAGACUGAAGAAGCACGCAAGAAACUGCAAGCAGAAAUGGAUGAAAAGAUAAUGGCUGUAGAAAAAGCCAGUGAGGAAGAGCGUGUAAACCUUCAGCAGGAAUUAACAAGGGUGAAGCAAGAGGUGGUUAAUAUUAUGAAGAAAUCUUCAGAAGAACGAGUUAUUGAGCUGGAAAACCUGCAUAAAAGUGAACUGUCUAGGAAAGAACAAGUGUUUAGUGAUAGGUUACAAGCUCAAGAUCAGGCAUUCCAGGAAGAAAUGAAAGCAGCUCUUGAAAAAUGUCAGAGUGAACAUCAACACAUUAUGCAAGAAAAGGAACAACAAGCCUCGUUAGCCUUAGAAGAACUGGAAUUGCAGAAAAGUGCAGUUCAGUUGGAAUGCGACAAAAAACUUGAAAAUAUGCGACAAGAAGUAGAGACUUUCAAAACUAGAAUACUUGAACUGGAAAGUUCCCUUGCCAAAUGUUCACAAAACGACAACAGUCAGUUGGAGGAUUUGAUUACUCAGUUAGAAUCAGAAAAAAAUAAGUACAAUAAAGAAAUAAAUACCAUGCGUGAAAAACAUAAAGAAGAGCUUGAUAUUGUGAAAGAGCAAGAACAACAACUUUGGACAGAAAAACUUAGCAUAUUAAUACAGCAGCAGCAGUCAGAAAUAGAGAAACUGAAAAAGCUUCAUGAGGAAGAGGUAGUUGAAGCAGUGAAAGAGAAAGAGAUUGUGUUCCGUGCACAUAUAGAAGAGAUGAAUGAAAAAACACUAGAAAAGCUUGAUGUGAAACAAACAGAGCUAGAAGCACUCUCUUCUGAGUUAUCAGACUCAUUAAAAAUUCGUCAAGAGCUUGAACAGUGCCUGUUGACAUUAAGAGAUAAUGCACAGAAAGAAAAAAAAGAGUUUGAGGAAAAGCUGGAACAGCAGAAGAAUCACCACAAAGAACAAAUCGAAACAAUCUUCAGAGACCAGGAAGCAGUAAGAAAAAAAUUUGAAGAUGAAAUAAGUAAACUCAAACUACUCUUGGAAGAUAAAGAAAAAUGCCAAGAGGAGCUGGAAAAGCAAUUGAAAACAGUAAAGGAAUCUUUAAUAAAUGCUGAAAGUGAAUAUAAGAAAAUGUCUGCAGAACUAGAUGUUGCUUCUCAGUUUAGGGAGAACAGUGCCAAAGAACAGGAAAACACUUAUGAACAGAAGUUAACUGAUCUACAGCAAAAGCUGGACAUUACAGUUACUGAAAAAUUACAGAUUGAAGAACAGUUUGUAAAAACUGAAACCGAACUGAGUAAAGUCAGAGCUGAAUUAGAUUCUCAGAUAUCACAGGUAUGUGAUUCAAAAUGUAAAUUAGAAGAGCAGAAGAGAGAAAAUAUGCAGAAAGUAUCCUCUCUGACAGAACAGUAUGAAUCACAAGUAACAGCUUUUAGAGAAGAAGUGAGUCAGGCAAGGAGUAAUUUUAUUGAUAAGCAAAAUGAGCUUGAAGAAACAAGGAGGCUCUUGAAUCAGCAGAUUGCCAAGCUUGAACACCAUUUGUCAGUCAAAGAGAACGAAAUUAGUUCUUUAAAAGAAGAAUAUGAAAUGAAAUUGAAACGUCAAGAGACAGAAGCAGGAAAAGUAAAAGAAAAAGCAAGGGAGGUACAAGAAAUGUUUAAGAAGAAGCUUUCAGAGCAGGAGACAAAACUGAAAAAGGAGAUUGAAAACAAGCAGUUGGAGCUUAGUGAGAAAGAGAAGCAGUUCAAUUCAAAAAUGCUGGAAAUGGCUCAUGCUAGUUCAGCUGGAAUUAGUGAUGCUGUGUCAAAACUGGAGAUAAAUCAGAAAGAGCAACUAGAAAGCUUAGCAAUAACUCACAAACAAGAACUAGAAGAAGUUAUACAAACCUGGCAAAAGAAGCUGAAUCAGCAGGCUGAAGAACUUAAGGAAAAGCAUGAAAUAGAAUUGCAGGAAAAAGAACAGGAAAUAGGCAACCUCAAGCAGAAACUCACUCUCUUCAGUGCUGAAAGAGAAGACAGUAAUGCAGAGAUAACUCGAUUAAAGGAUGAACAUUUUGUGAAGGACACAUCUAUAAGUGAGUUGAAAGAGCAGCUACAACAAGCAUUAGCUCAAGUGACACUUUUGACACAAAAAGAAACUGAUUUGAAAACAGAGCUUAAAAAACUGGAAGCAGAUGCUAGUUUUUCUUUAAAGGAGAAGAUUGCUAUCCAGGAACAGCUUAGUGAAAUGCAGAUGGAAGAGAAGAAUAAAGUUAGUGAACUAUUAGGAAAAUUGAGAGUAUCCGAUGAGCAGCUUCAAGCUCUGAAAUGUUCACAUUCUAAAGAGUGUGAGGAUUAUAAGAAAACGCUUGAGGACCAAAAUAUAAAGCUUCAGCAGAAACAAGCUGAAUUUGAGAAGCUUGCAAAAGAUACAGCAACACAGCUGGAGGACUACCAGCAGAAAGCAGAAGCCCUACUUCUAACAAAAACAAGUGAACUAAUAGAAAAAUGCAGUGAAAAAAUGUCACUAAUAACAACUAGGGUUGUGCGUUGUCAGCAGUGGGCAAUGAAAAUUAAAGAAGCAAUAUUAAUGAAAAUCCAUCAAAUUCAGGGCCUAGAAAUUCAACUUAAAGAAAUAAAAGAGAGCCAUUAUACUUCAACCAGCUCUUUACAAGAGUCCAAACAACACUUGGAGGAAAAGGAAAAGCUAGUGAUGUCUAUGAAAACAGAUAUGGAAAAGCUCGUUACAGAAAAGGAACAGCUGCAGAAAGAAGGAGAACACCAACAACAUGUGGCAACAGAGAAAGAAACUUCCAUCACAGAGCUGAAGAAACAAUUAUCUGAUCAUAUUAAUGUAAUCACUUCUCUGCAGGAGGAACUGAAUGAGAAAAAGUCAGAGAUCACAGAUCUUAACAGACUUGUCAGUGAAUUAAAUGGCAGGCUUGAAAACAGUCUAUUAGAAAAAGAAGCUGCAACAACAUUAUUAAACAACCAACACAAAGAGAAUCAAGUGCAGUUAUUGAAUGAGGUACAGGAAUUGUCCUCCAGAGUUGAAACAUUGAGCCAAGAAAAAACAGCUGCUCUUGAACAGGUAGAUCACUGGAUGAAUAAAAUGUCUGAGUGGAAGAAAAAAGCCCAGAUAAGAUUUACACAGAACCAUAAUACUAUUAAAGAACUGCAAAAUAAAGUUGAACUGAAUCAUAGUCAAGCUUGUGAAAAAGAAGAGGAAUUGAAUAGAAUGAAGGAGGAAUGUGAUGAACAAAGCAAGCAUUUAGAACAUUUGAAAGGCUUAAUAGAACAAAAGCAAAUCAAAAGAGAAAAACAAGAAUCUGACUUGGUUGCUGAAUUAAAAAUCAGCGCAGCAAGAAUUGCUGAACUAGAAGAACACAUUGCUCGGAAAACAGCAGAAAAUGAUUUUUUAAUGGAUGAACUCAAAAAGUACAAUGAAAAAAAAGAAGUGGCAGAAAAACUUAAAGAGGCUCAGAUAGAAAUUACGGAAAAAGAUAACAGGCUUAAGGAGAUGGAACAAAAAUUACAGAUUUUUGAAAAGAAAAUGCAAACUAUGGAAGUUGAUUACAAGGAAAAAUUAAAAGAAUUUGAAGAAACAAAAACUAUUCUUAUGAAAAGCAAAGAUGGAGAAUUGAAGGCAUUAGAAGAGAGACUUGUUUCAGAAACCACUGAAAAAAUAGCAGACCUGAAAAAGAAGGCUGAACAAAAACUUGCUUCUGUUAGAAAGCAGUUGACUUCUCAAAUGGAGGAAAAGGAACAGCAGUGUAGACAAGACAUGGAAAAGCAUUUAGAACAAAAAUUGCAAGAAAAAGAAAAUAAAAUAAUGUCUUUAGAAGAAAAAAAUAAAUUAAUAUAUUUGGAUUUAGAAAAAGAGAAGCAGAAAUUGGAAGCCAUAAGCAUUUCCACAGAGCAGGACAAAUGCCAUGCACUGGAAAACAUGCAACAAAUCUAUGAAUUAAAAAUAAAUGCUUUACAAAAGGAUUUAGUGGAAAGGGAGACACUGCUAAAGAAAUAUGACGAGGAACAAAAAAUGAGGGAUAUUUCAGAACUAGAAGUGCAUAAUCAGCAAGAAGAACUCCUUAAGAGAAAACAAGAAGACAGGAUUACAAUUGAAAGGCUUCAGCAAGAACUUGAGGAGCAAAUAAAGAAAGAGGCUUCUUUGCUUCAACAACACACAAAAUAUGAUAAUGACUUAGCAAACAUCAGAGGAGAAUUGAAAACCAAAAAACAAGAAGAGCAAGACAUGAAGAAAAUUAUUAAAGAUUUGAAAGAAAAGUUGCAAGAAAAGGAGAAAGAAGGAGAAUCUUUGCAACAAAAGAUAAACAGCAUUGAUGAGGAUUUAAUAAAAGAGAAGGAAGUGCACAGAGUUGAAAUAGGAGAGAUUAUUUCAAAAUACGAUGAGAAAUUGCAAGGACUCCAGCAGCAGCUAGAUGAAAGAAGUGGCCUUGUAAAAACUUUGGAAGAAAGCAUAGAAGAAAAGACUACAUUAGUUCUUGAGCUUCAGAAACAACUUGAUGAUCUGAAGACUCAACAGAAUGAUACACAGACUAAACUGGAUGAGACUGAGCGGGAAAAGCAGAAAUACCAAAAAGAUCUGAGUAAGCUGCAGAAAGAUUUGCGGGCUUUGAGGAAGGAGCACCAGCAGGAAUUAGAGAUAAUGAAGAAGGAAUCUUUGGAAGAAAUGGAACAAAAAUUAAAAUACGAGCAGGAGGAUAUUGAAUUGAAGCAUAACUCCACAUUAAAGCAGUUAAUGAGGGAGUUUAAUACCCAGCUGGCACAAAAGGAUCAGGAAUUGGAAAUGGCUGUAAAAGAAACUAUCAGUAAAGCCCAGGAGGUUGAAUCUGAAUUGAUAGAAAGUCACCAUGCAGAGAUAACUCAGCUACAUAAAAAUUUUUUAGAGAAAGAUGAUGAUCUACAAAGAACAAUAAAAAAGUAUGAAGACAUACUAGAGGCUCGAGAAGAAGAAAUGACGGGGAGAGUAAAUGAACUGGAAAUACAGUUGGAAAAAUUACAAGAGGAAUAUAAACAAAGAUUGGCAGAUGAAGAAAGUUGGAACAGUAGUGAAGCAACUGUAGCAGAACUUCAGGCACAGCUAGCCCAGAAGACAACACUUCUCAAUGAUUCAAAGUUGAAAGAACAGGAAUUUAGGGAACAGAUUCAUGCACUACAAGACCGGUUGAAAAACUAUGAGAAGAGCAUGUAUGUCACAACAGUUGAAUCUCCUCAUAGAGAUGGAAAUUUGUGUCACUCAGAUGUCUCUCUCUUUGGGGAACCGACUGAAUUUGAAUACCUGAGGAAGGUGCUAUUUGAGUACAUGAUGGGCCGUGAGACAAAGACAAUGGCAAAAGUGAUAACAACAGUGCUGAAAUUUCCCACUGACCAAGCACAGAAGAUCUUAGAACGAGAAGAUGCUCGGACACUGUUCACUCCACCUCACGUUGGUAUCUUCUGAAUAAACCAUCCGUCACUGCUUUAGUUAGCAUGGGGUCCUGGCUGAGACCAUCCUCUUGAAGAACCUGUGACACAUACACUUUAUAAUAAUAAUUAACAGCGCUUUGACUCCUUAUUCUCUUCCAAAUUUGAUCUAUUGAUUGUUUGCUAAAGAUUAUUUCUUUUAAGCUUUUGCUUAUAAUGGAUCAAGGUUGCAAUACCUCACUUGUUUAUUCCUAGCUUUUAUACAUAUAUUUUGUGAGAAUUAAAUUUCACUCCUGUAAAUUGUAAAUAGUUCCUUACUAAUUGUAUCAUAAGCUGAUCUCUGACUGUUGGCAGUGUUAAUCUUGCAGAGUUGAGAGAAAAUAAAGUUUUAUUUACUGUAAAA